AUGUGGCUCAACAACAGUGCAUCCCCAUUCCUGCUUACAGGCUUUCCAGGAAUGGAGAAAGCACAUCACUGGAUCUCCAUCCCACUACUGGUAGUUUAUAUCUCCAUACUUCUUGGGAAUGGCACGCUUCUCUUUCUCAUCAGAGAAGAUCAUAAUCUCCAUGAGCCCAUGUACUAUUUCUUAGCUAUGUUGGCAGCCACAGAUCUAGGAGUAACUGUGACUACAAUGCCCACAGUUUUGGGUGUUCUAUGGUUAAAUCACAGAGAAAUUGGUCAUGGGAUCUGUUUUUCUCAGGCUUAUUUUAUUCAUACUCUUUCUAUUGUUGAGUCUGGGGUCCUGCUUGCCAUGGCUUAUGACCGUUUUGUUGCUAUCCGUAAUCCCCUAAGAUAUUCUUCUAUCCUUACUAAUGCCAGAGUAAUCAAGAUUGGGUUAGGGGUAUUGACAAGGGCUGGCCUAUCAAUUAUGCCAAUAAUUAUCCGUCUGCACUGGUUUCCCUAUUGUAGAUCCCAUGUACUAUCUCAUGCAUUUUGUCUGCACCAAGAUGUUAUUAAAUUAGCCUGCGCUGAUAUAACUUUUAAUCGACUCUAUCCAGUUGUCGUUGUAUUUGCAAUGGUGCUGCUUGACUUCCUCAUCAUCUUUUUCUCCUACAUUUUGAUCCUCAAAACUGUCAUGGGCAUUGCUUCAGGAGAAGAAAGGGCCAAGGCUCUCAACACAUGUGUCUCCCAUAUCUGCUGCAUCUUAGUCUUCUAUGUGACUGUAGUGGGUCUGACAUUCAUCCACAGAUUUGGAAAGCAUGCUCCUCGAGUGGUUCAUAUCACAAUGAGCUAUGUCUAUUUCCUUUUUCCUCCUUUUAUGAAUCCUGUCAUUUAUAGCAUUAAAACCAAACAGAUCCAGAAUGGUAUAAUUCGCUUGUUCUCUUUAAGUUCUAGGAAGUGA